GCGACAAACCCCCUGAACAAGGACCUGGACUGGGAUGGCAUCAAUGCUUUCUGCGAGCAGCUCAAUAAGGAGCUAGAGGGUCCUCCACUUGCUACCCGGCUUCUUGCCCACAAGAUCCAGUCUCCGCAGGAAUGGGAAGCUAUCCAGGCCCUCACGGUGCUGGAGUCCUGCAUGAAGAGCUGUGGCAAGCGCUUCCAUGACGAGGUGGGCAAGUUCCGCUUCCUCAAUGAACUCAUCAAAGUGGUGUCACCCAAGUAUCUUGGCAGCCGGACACCAGAAAAAGUGAAGUCGAAGAUCCUGGAGCUGAUGUACAGCUGGACAUUAGGGCUGCCUCACGAGGUGAAGAUCUCAGAGGCCUACCAGAUGCUUAAGAAACAAGGGAUCGUGAAAUGUGACCCAAAACUGCCUGACGAUGCUCCUUUUCCACCUCCUCCACCUCGGCCCAAGAACAUCAUCUUUGAUGAUGAAGAGAAAUCCAAGAUACUGGCUCGUCUGCUGAAAAGUUCCCAUCCCGAGGAUCUCCGGGCUGCCAACAAGCUCAUCAAGGAGAUGGUUCAGGAGGAUCAGAAGCGCAUGGAGAAGAUCUCUAAAAGGGUGAAUGCCAUCGAGGAGGUGAACAACAACGUGAAGCUGCUGACAGAGAUGGUGACAAACUACAGCAGGGGGGAGACAACAGAGAGCAAUGAGGACCUAAUGAAGGAGCUGUAUCAGCGCUGUGAGCGCAUGAGACCCAUGCUUUUCCGUCUCGCCAGUGACACAGAAGACAAUGAUGAAGCUCUGGCGGAGAUCCUGCAAGCCAAUGACAAUCUGACACAGGUGAUCAAUCUCUACAAACAGCUUGUGCGGGGAGAAGAGAUCAAUGGGGAGACAGUGGCCGGUCCCCUUCGAGGCAGCUCCUCAGCGCUUCUGGAUCUGUCAGGCCUGGACCUUCCAGCAACAGGCCCUUCCUACCCAGCCUUGCCCACUCUUUCAGGUGGUUCAGCAGUCCCUGUGACUGACCAAGCUGGCUCUGUCUCCUUGCUGGAUGAUGAACUCAUGUCUUUGGGCCUGAAUGACCCAGCACCGCAUCCUGCUCAGGCUGCUGACAGCAGUGGCUGGAACAGCUUCCAGUCAUCAGAUAGCAACGAGCUCGGUAUUGCCCCUAUCAUGGCAACACCACCAGUCAAAGCAGAUGCUGGCGCAUCCUCCCCCAACCCUUCUCCUCUUACCAGUGGCUGGGAUGACCUGGACCUCCUGGGCAAGACUCUGCUGCAACAGUCACUGCCUCCAGAGUCCCAGCAAGUGCGAUGGGAGAAGCAGCAGCCACCCCCCCGGCUCACCCUGAGGGAUCUCCAGAACAGGAGCAGCUCUGGCACCACAGCCCACAAUCCCAGUGCUCUGCCUGUGCUCCAGAGCAUUUCCCCCAACCCACCACGGCCUCCUGCCACCACGCUGCCCCAGGAGAUCUCGCUGGCCAACAUCACUGUGCCUCUGGAGUCAAUCAAACCCAGCAGCAUCCUCCCUGUGACUGUGUAUGAUCAGCACGGCUUCCGUGUCCUCUUCCACUUUGCUAAGGAUUCCCUGCCCGAGAGGCCCGAUGUGCUGGUGGUGGUGAUUUCUAUGCUUAGCACGGCCCCGCAGCCCAUCCGCAACAUCGUCUUUCAGUCUGCCGUCCCCAAGGUGAUGAAGGUGAAGCUACAGCCUCCCUCAGGCACGGAGCUGCCAGCGUUCAACCCCAUUGUCCACCCCAGUGCCAUCACACAAGUCCUGCUGCUUGCUAACCCACAGAAGGAGAAAGUGAGGCUACGGUACAAGCUGACCUUCACCAUGGGAGAGCAAACCUACAAUGAAAUGGGGGAUGUGGACCAGUUCCCCCUGCCUGAGUCCUGGGGAAACCUCUAG